UAUAGAAAUAAACACGGGCAGAAAUCUUUUUCGACAUCCAGUCAGCCAAAGAAAUGAGAACCAGGAGAAAGCUGUACAGACAAAAACAAACCAAGAAGCCAAGGACCAGUGACACGAUGACAAAACCGACGGAGGAAAGUGAGGAGACUUACGUGUGCAGCAGGUGCCGGGACCGUGGUGGGGACUCAGGCGGGCUGUUCAGGACGUGUGUCGGCUGUGUGAGCUUCGGCAUGUGGCUGCUGUUCUGCUACCUGAUAUUCCGUAUGGUGUUGUUGGCCCUGUACCCCGGGCUGGCGGAGGCUGAGGACGGGAUUGGUCAGGAUCCGGUCACGUGUGUCCAACUGACGCUUCCGUCACGUACAAUGGCCAACAUCCGGGGUAGAAUGUCGCAACUUCAGUUCAGAAAUAUUUGAACAUUUCAAAGACUGCGCCAGACGUCCAGUUAAUAAUGGCUGA